UGUUGGAAACUACACAGAAGCUCACGAUGGCUCGAAUGGGAAAAAUUGACGGAUAUUUUUAUUCUCCCGGAUUUCCCUCCACAGAAGCUGUAUAUAAGAUGGCAAAGAUGGCACCAUUCUCAUACCUGAACUGGAGUGAACACGACAGCUCAUUUGACCACACCAACAACGAUAUACGAAGCGAUGUCUAUUUUCAAGACCGGAAUCUGCGUACUCGUCUUUGCCCCCCUCAUAGACAACAUCCUGGGAAACCCCGUGCCGGGAAUCUGGUCAACGCCAUGUGGUCCCCACGUUCCUACAUUAUCAUGGGGAGGUAUUUUCGAUGACCCAUCGACUGGACCGUCCAACAAAGACCUAUCGGCCGAGUUGUACACCCGAACCAAGGAAUCCCAUCAAAACGCCAUCGCACUCCGUGAAACUGCAACUAUCCAUCGACUGGACUCCAGCGUGACCCUUGCUCUCGUAUUGGAAGGAUCAACCCACGUCAACUUUCCCUCACCCGAUGACGUCAUAUUUUGGACGGACAAAAACUCCACAGCAACCGUUCUGAAGAAAGAUUACGAGAACCUCUCUAUCGCUUACGUGUUUCUCGAGGCUGUACAAGCUGACGAUAGCAGCGAUUUCAACAACACACUCAAAUCUUCCCUCGACCAAGCAAUGGAGAAAAUACUGGCGAUACUUUGUACUAUGGAGAGCCUCCUCAGCAACCACGAUCAAAGCAUCGGUAGUUACGUCACACGUCAGGUGAUGCCGAAUUCACUUCGUGAGAUCACGUCCUAUAGUAGCAAACGCCAAAGAGACUACAUCGUUGCCAAAGAUGUCGUACAUCUAUUAACGAGAGUGAAAGAAAGUCACACAAUGCUGAAGACGGGUUAUCAGUGAACAUAGACGGGUUAUCAGUGAAGAUAUUUAUUUUUAUAACUUUUAUAGCAUGUUUUUCGUUGAGAACAGAUUAUUUUUGUGCUAGUUUUCAAUACUUUUUUUCAAUAUUUACUUUUAUCGUAAAAAUACGUGUGAUAUGUUUUAGUCUUGUAUAAUUAAUUGUGGAAGCAGAAUUGGUUAAUGUCUUUACAAGUGCUAUUCGGAAUGUCUGAAUUGAUAAUGUGAAUGUCGGGAACACGGGAUACCUCACAAUGACACUGUAUAAUUAUAUACUGGCGAAGAACCGUCAAACAGAACAAAACAGGGCACGUUUGAUUUCUUAAACCCAGGACGGCGUAGAUAAACCCGAUUGAUCAGAACAAGUGGCAUUAUACAAGGCUAUAUAUUUGUUCAGUAUCUUUUAAAAUUGCGUGAAAAUAUAAACAUUCACCCGCAGACAGGUACAAAACGUACUUUGUUGAUGACAAUAUAAUUUCAAAAUAUUAGACCACUGAAAUAAUAAAAUGGAACAAUGGCUUGGGUUUAAUGUUAUUAAUAUUAUUAACUACAAUCUAUGUUUACAGUAAUAAAAUCAGAAACCAAAAACGGUUUGGCCUAAAGAUCUAUAAAACCACCAAAACAUUAUAAUCAAUUUCGGAUCCGGAUCCGAUCCGAUCCUAACGUUUGAAUGACCGUUCUUCCCUUAACAAAAGUGAGAAUCUUCUUACAUUCAUGACAUAUUCGCCAUAUAAGUAUGGCACAUCCAUGCAACUUUUGACAACAAAUCCAAGUUAUACCAAGUCUUGUUACAAAUAGCCUGUUACUUUACAAAAUUUGUUCUUAUGGUUAUGACUUUGUGUUACAAAGGAAAUGUAUAUAGGUACAACCAAGGAGGGUCCGUCUUCUUAUAUCAACAACAUAUUUUAUUCAAUUUCUUAUCGUAAAACAGUCUUCCAGACGUGCGUUCAUUGAAGGAAACUUAACUGAACAUGAAUUGACGUUUUAAUGGAAUAUUUAUUGGUAUGAGUGUUUAUUUCAAUUGUUACCAUGCAAUUAUACUGAGAGAAACAAAUAAGGGCAAAGGAAAAUUCCAGCGUUCCUUUGAUAUUUUCCAUUUAUAUUUUAAGCUUUCAGUAGCGCUGAGGGAGGAAAUCGGAGAAUAUUACAGGAACACUGCCGUGAAGUGGUGUUCCCUUAUUUAUUUCCCUCAGUAUAUUUGUUUGUUCUUCGAAUGAAAGUACAUGUACACAUUUCAUCUGUAAUAAUUCCUUGUGUGUAAUUGUGUGUUAAUGAAAUCUUCCAUCCAUGACGAUAACAAUAUUCCUUAACACAAGUGGUGCUCCUCUGAUAAUGCUUCCAGAAUUCCAUGAAAAUGUAUGGAGAAAUAUGUCCAUUGUUUUCGCUUAUUUGCAGUACUAUCAGAAAUAUAUUUUCAAUCAUUGUUGGCACAGUAUACAUUGCCAUUUACUUUUACAUUGUUGAUAUAUGUCAUUUACGGAGCCAUACAUUCUGUUAGUGUUGCUCAUGGAAUACUACUUUUCAUUCCUCAUGUGAAGGUUUUUAAUAUAUUUAACGUUUCUUUAUGUAAAUCUAUACAUUACAUGUUUUUAAUUAAGAAAUAAACACAUCACGAACCACAUCUA